AUGGGCGCUCCUCUUCCUCCAGGUAUUAAGGUAAUUGGUGGCAUCAAAGAGCUCAGUGGAGAAGAAUAUGGAGUUUACGUCAAGAGGAUCCUUCCAGGGGGCGUUGCUUAUGCAGAUGGGCGCCUGCAGCCAGGAGACCAGAUUCUGGAGGUCAACGGAGAUUCCUUAAUUGGGGUUACAAGUGAGAGGGCCGUGGACAUCCUGAGGACAGCAUCAGCCACCAGCCACAUGCGCCUUCUUAUAGCCCGCGAUGACGAUGCCAGGAGAGAGUUCUCUGAGCUUCUGGAGAAGUUCGGCUCCCAGAGCAAUACAGGCUCAGCACGUAGUUCACCAAUCCUGCACGGCGGCAGUCGAUACCUGGAAAGUACAUCCUCAGGCUCCUCCUCGCGCUCUCAGAGCCCGCUGCUGCUGAGCCCCGCCAAUUCCCACGGCCCCUUCAUCGGAAACCCGGCACACGCCUCUCACGCACACUACUCCAUUGAAUCAGGAAUCCAGAGCAUUUCUAUAGCAAAAUCCUCCGGCUUAGGGCUGACAAUCAGUGGUGGAUCUAACAGGCCUGAUGGCCCCAUGAUAUAUGUUCAAGAGCUUAUGCCAGAUGGUGACUGUUACAAGGAUGGUCGGCUCCGACCUGGUGACCAACUAAUCGCUAUCAAUAAAGAUUCUUUGGUGGGCAGCACACAUGAAGAGGCCAGAAAAAUAAUUGCAAAAGCCAAAUUCAG